UUCGUCCCACUCACCUUGCCGUAAAAAUACCUGGCGCUUUGUAUCCUUUGGCAAAGGGUGCGUUAUAAAUACGGUUACUAAGAAAAUUGCGUCUAUGAUCCUCCAUUUAGCUCAGACUUUCCAUUUUUAUCCGGGUAUACAUUUUUAUUUGACAUAUUCAAUUUUGCAGAACAAUAAAAUGAUACGGUCUGGAACUAACCUCGUGAAGAUCUGAGUGCAUACAAUAAUACAAAUUUAAUAGGUCUCAUAAUUUGUUUUUAAUUAAAAUAUGCAUUAAAUUUACAAUUUUUACGAAGUAUGUGUGUCUAACAUGGACCAUAAAGUCUGACUACAGUUUAGGGCAGUCUGUGCGGCACCUAAAAGCCACCCGAACUUUUAGGUUCAACUUUGACGGACAUUUAGGUACAGCUUGGGCUUAAGAUUUUAGGUCGGAGCGACAUCUGAGUACAACUUUGGGGCUCCAUUUAGGUCGGGGUGAAAUCUGGGUACAACUUUGGGGCUCCAUUUAGGUCGGGGCGAAAUCUGGGUACAACUUUGGGGCUACAUUCAGGUCGGGGCGAAAUCUAACAGGUACAUUUCCGGGGCUACAUUUAGGUCAGACGACAUUGAGGUACAACUUUGGGGCUAUAGAGGAAUCCCGAAACGACGAGUUUAGCGUCGAUCUGCGCACUUCCGGGUUUGAAAACGAGGCUCACACUUAUGGUGUCUGCUCCCUCUACAGACCGAAGUACAACUUUCGUGUGAGAUUACACCCAAAUACAAGAACGAAAUACGAUUUUAGCGUGUUGAGGUAGAAGCCAAGCACAGGUGCUUUGUUUCACCAUGCCAUCCAGCAGAGGAGUUGAAUGUGCUGCAUAUGGGUGCAGCAAUCGUUUUUAUAACAAAGACUUGUCAAGGUCGCAGUUUCAUUUUUUUCUGCUUUCCCACUGAUCGCAAACUCCGAGACCGAUGGUGCACAAAAAUCAAAAGGGAUCAUGGUCGAGACGGAUUCUUUGUCAGUAAGUCUACCCAGAUUUGCAAUGUGCACUUUAAUGAUACUGACAUCAAGAGAACCCUCAAUGGAGUAUGGAUACUGAAGCAAGGUGCUGAGCCAAAAGAUGUACUCUCUGACAGUUGGUCACCGAAAAAACGCAGAGUUCUUCAUAGAUCGACCUUUGAAGGUCCCUCAACUUCAUGUGGGGUAGCUGACGAACAAACAACAAAUGAUGAUGAACCGAUGAAUGAGGAUGAGUCAUUAUCUGAUACAAUGGAGAAUGAUGUUCAGGUGAAUCAAAUCAAGGAGAAUGAACAGUCAAAUGAUGUGACAGAACUUAAGGAGUCAGUACAAAGACUGAAGAGGAUGGUAAAUUCUCUAACUGAACAGAAUGAACGAAAUAAGUUUGUUAGUAGUCUUGAGGGAAAUGAUUCCUUAACAAAACACUACACUGGAUUUCCCACUUACUCUUUGGUUUUAGCCAUGUUGUCUUUUUUGAACCCAGGUGAGAGUUGUGAGAAUGUCAUAACACAUACUGCAAAUAGAGAAAGUGAGCCUUCCUGUUCAGUAUACCAGCCUCCAUCAGCCAUGGACUUGGACCACAGCUAUUCAGCUUCACACAAAACUCAUAAUAAACCUGGGAGAACAUUACAGCUGUCACCCAAGGAACAAUUCAUUUUGGUCCUUUGUAGACUCAGGCAGGGUUUUUCUGUAAAGCAUCUGGCAUACCUAUUUAGCAUUUCAGAGUCAAGUGUUAGCAGAUACUUCAUCACAUGGAUUAAUUUCAUGUACUUUAAGCUUGGCUCACUUCCUAUUUGGCCAAGUAAAAGUAUUAUCUCCAAAACAAUGCCACAAACGUUUAGAGACAAAUACCCAGAUACAAGGGUCAUUGUUGAUUGUUCUGAAAUAUUUGCACAUAUCCCAGAUUCUCUGAUGCUCCAAAGUAUGUUUUGGUCAAACUAUAAGCAUCAUAUAACUUACAAAGGACUUCUGGGUAUCGCACCUAGUGGUGCAAUAACAUUCAUAAGUCAACUAUAUCCUGGAUCAAUGUCAGAUAGAGAAAUAGUUAUCCGGAGUGGGUUUCUGGAUCCCAAGCUGUUUCAAAAGGGUGAUGUUGUGAUGGCAGACCGUGGUUUCACAAUUGAUGAUUUGCUAAAGCCAAUGGGUGUCAAACUAAAUAUCCCUGCCUUCUUCAAAGAAAGGAAGCAGUUUGAAGAAGAUGAGACCAUUGAGACACAGCAAAUAGCAGCAGAGAGAAUCCAUGUCGAAAGGGCGAUAAACAAGGUCAAGAAAUUUCGUAUUUUUGACAGUGCGAUUCCUCUGACCAUGCACGGCUCCAUUAAUCAGAUUUGGACAGUGUGCUGUCUUUUGACAAAUAGUUUUAAUCCAGUAAUCUCAAUGUCUGGUAAUGUGUAAAACAAACCAUUCCUUGUAAAAAGAUACAGACAAACUCAUUGAUAUUCAUUUUAUACAUAGCACUCUCAUGCCUUUUAUUUAAAUACUACUUAAAGGUUUGUUAAAAUACUAAGUAAUGGUGCUUUUAUGUUACACCUAUAUUUCCUUUGUUAGAAAAAUCAUGUUGUACAUUCCAUUCCUGUGUACUUUUAAAUGAUUUACUUUUUUUUUUUUUUUUUUAAUAGUCGC